GGUUGGCGGUAAACAACCGCCGAGGCUCCCUCAGGUGCGCCCGUGACAUCACUUCCCGACCGAGCGCCGAUCGAUCGUGAUCGCCCUGACUUUUCAGGAAAAACUAAAAUAGAAUAGUAUGCCCCAGGAACGAUGUCGAGCGCGCUCCGUCGAUCUUCGGGUCCCAUGACCUUAUUUGGCCACGCCGUUCACUUGAUGUGAUGUAAGCAGCGGCGGCGGAACGGCAGGGGGCGGGGCAGGGGCCAGCGCUCCUCUUCCAGGCCGGGGGCUUUAACCCAGCUGUUUAUUCUCUCGCUGGCUCCAUCCGCCAAGGAAGAGGAGGAGGCGACGGCGGCAACAGAGUCAGUCCACAGAGGCAGGAGGCCCGGCCGGCGGGGAACCUGCACAUCCCUCAGGAAGGAGACCAGAGAUAAGGACUAGCAGGAAUUCCAGCAAGGAGUUGCAGAGAGAAUCCGCACUGGCAGGAGGCCAAGCAGAGAACACCUUAAGGACCUCAAUAAGAAGAAUAGGAGGUCAAACAAGGAACCACAAAAGAUAAAAGACCGCUGAAGAGAGGGAGUUGCACAGGGUGGUUCCGCGCCGGCAGCAGGCCGAACAAGAAACAUCUGAAGAACGCCGACUACGAGAAGAAGAGGAAACAGGAGGCUGAACAAGGAAGCGCAAAAACUAGAACAACUCUGAAGAAGAAGAAAUAAAAGGAAGAGGUGAUCAAACCGAGGGGCGCGGGCGCCGCGUCACCGCCAUGGAUUUUAAGGCCAACUUAAAGGGGGUCAAGGCCAAGACGGAGGACGAGCGCAAAGUGGCCAGCGGCGCUGCGCAGCAAAUGGACUUCCGCUCCGUGCUGGGGAAGAAGGGAGGCGCCAGCAAGGUCGAGAAGAACCCCGCCACCACCGCGGACUCUAAGAAGAAGAACGGAGGGAGCGCGGGAAAGAUGGUCAACAACUGCGUGGCAGACGGGGCGCCCAAGUUUGCCCAGAAGCUGAGCGACGUGACGGUGGUGGACGGACAGCGCCUGCACCUGCAGUGCCGGCUGGACGGCGAGGGCGACGUCGACGUCAUGUGGACACUGGACGGAAAACUCGUCAAAGCGUCCAAGUUCAUCGUUCUCAAAAACCAAGGUGGCGUUUGCUCGCUGAGCAUCGACAAAGCCUUGCCCGAGGACGAAGGCGUGUACAAAUGCAAAGUGGAGAACUCGGCGGGUCGGGACGAGUGUUCUUGUUUGGUUCUGGUGGACGAUCCUCCGGAAAAGUCGGCAGCUGACAAGGAUUCCAAGAAGAAGACGGCCGCCACCUCAGAGAGCGAAGCGCGAAUAAAGAAGCCUACAGCCAAGACACCUCCCAAACAAGCGUUGCCGCCCAACAUCGUGGAGUUCCCGGAGGACAUGAAGAUCCUAGCCGGGGAAAAGGUGGAGAUCUUGUGCAAGUUCACGGGAGCGCCGCCGAUCAACUGCACGUGGCUCAAGUUCAGGAAACCGAUCCAGGAGGGCGCGGCGGGGACGUCCAUUAGCAGCAGCGACAGCAGCAGUUUGCUGAGCAUCGCCAGCGGACAGCAGGAGCACUGCGGCUGCUACACCGUCGAGCUGAGGAACCAAUAUGGCCUCCGCCAGGCCGCCCUCAACCUCACCAUCGUGGACAAGCCGGACCCGCCGGCGAAGGUUCCGGCCCUAUCCGACGUGAGGCGUUCCAGUCUGACGCUGUCGUGGUACGGUCCCACCUACGACGGCGGCAGCGCCGUCCAGACCUACCACCUUGAGAUGCGCAACUCUGUGGAGCAGGAGUGGAAGCCGCUGGUGUCUUGCAACAGCACGUCCUACAAUGUCCAAAACCUUCUUCCGGAGCGCCAGUACAAGUUCCGGAUCCGAGCCGAGAACAUCUACGGCAUCAGCGAGCCCAGCGCCGAGUCCGAGGAGGUCACCGUGGGCCUGGUGGACGAUAACAAGAACCAGGAGGAAGCGGAAGAAGAGGAUGACGACUCUGAGAAGGAGCCGGACUACAGGCAGGUGACGGUCCGAACCGACGUGAAGGUGAAGGAGCUGUACGACGUUGAGGAGAGGCUGGGAACGGGCAAGUUUGGUCAGGUGUUCAAGCUGGUGGAGAAAGCCACCAAGAAGGUGUGGGCGGGCAAGUUCAUUAAAGCGUACUCGGCCAAGGACAAAGAAAACGUUCGGCAAGAGAUCGGCAUCAUGAACAGUCUCCACCAUCCCAAGCUGGUCCAGUGUGUGGACGCCUUCGAGGGAAAGUCUGACAUUGUGGUGGUUUUGGAGAUGAUCUCCGGGGGUGAGCUGUUCGAGCGCAUCAUCGACGAGGACUUUGAGCUGUCGGAGCGUGAAGUCAUCAAGUACAUGCUCCAGAUCGUGGACGGGGUGGGCUUCAUUCACAAACAGGGCAUCGUGCACCUUGACCUCAAACCCGAGAACAUCAUGUGCGUCAACAAGAUCGGAAGCAAGAUCAAACUCAUUGAUUUUGGCCUGGCCAGGCGGCUAGAAAAUGCCGGAACCCUGAAAGUUUUGUUCGGAACGCCCGAGUUUGUCGCGCCCGAAGUCAUCAACUACGAAGCCAUCAGUUACCCCACUGACAUGUGGAGCAUCGGCGUCAUAUGCUACAUUCUGCUAAGCGGCCUGUCGCCUUUCAUGGGCGACAACGACAACGAGACGUUGGCCAACGUGACUUCGGCCACGUGGGACUUUGAGGACGAGGCUUUUGACGAGAUCUCGGACGACGCCAAAGACUUCAUCACCAGGCUGCUCAAGAAGGACAUGAAGGCACGUCUAAGCUGCCCCCAGUGCCUGGAGCACAGCUGGCUGAAGCAGGACACCAACACCAUGAAGGCCAAGAAAUUGUCCAAGGAGAGGAUGAAGAAGUACAUCCUCAGGAAGAAGUGGCAGAAGACGGGCCACGCUAUCAAAGCCAUUGGCAGACUCUCCUCCAUGGCCAUGAUGGCGGGGGUCCACGCCAAGAGGGGCUCGCCCACCGAAGAGGACAACCAGUUUCUGGAGUGCUUGGAGCUGGAACACAAGGCCGAGUGCAAGCCCAGCUUCAGCUCCGUCAUCAAAGACGUGGAGGUGGUGGAGGGCAGCGCCGCGCGUUUUGACUGCAAGAUCGAAGGUUACCCGGACCCAGAAGUGGUUUGGUACAAGGACGAGCAGCCCAUCAAGGAGACCAGACACUUUCAGAUCGACUACGACGAGGACGGCAACUGCAGCUUGGUCAUUUCCGAGGUGUCGGGCGACGACGACGCCAAGUAUACGGUGAAGGCCGUCAACAAUCUGGGCGAAGCCACCUGCACCGCCGAGCUACUGGUGGAGGUCAUGGCCGGAGAGGAAGAGGAGGAAGAGGAGGAGUGAGCCCGCGGCUUAUGGACUCCGGCGGGAGGAAAGCAGCUCGGACGGGAAGUGGCGCCGUUGCACUUCCUUACCGGAGACCGGGAAGACGACGCCGGCCGGCAUAUUCACAGAGAUGGGUCAAAUCGGGGCCGCUUCGUUCGUUUCCGCCAAUGACGGCAAGGCCUUCCGGUUGACCCGCCUCUGUCAAUACUCUGGUUAUUUAUAAUUACACACACAAUGUUUGUCAUGUAGAGGUGCAUGCGUAAGUGCGUGCGUGCGCAAGUGUGAGCGCGAAUGCCUUAAAGCCACACGGAAACAUUUUUGCGGUGUUCACCUGUGCCUUCACUACACGGUCGUGAUGACGCCAUCGCCGUGACGUCACGCGGACAAGCUCACGGCGACGGCGGCGCUCCAGGAAGAUAGAUGUUGCAAAAAAUUCUGUGACAGAAAUUGUGCCACCAAAAGAAGAAAAAAAAAUCAGUGGCAAAAAUACCAGUCAUUCUUCUGCAAAAAUAUGAGUGCCAAAAAUUGUGUUGCCGGGUUGAACCCAAAGUGCAAAACAAGCCGGGAGCGCCAUCCGAACGGCGGUGUUGCGUCACGUGACGUCACUUUCCGUUUUGCGCACAGCAGUCACAGUGGGGUGCGUGUGCAUACUUUUGAAUUCACAAUUCUAUAGCGACUUUGAUGCACGCACAAGUGUACUUCCUUCUUUCGUGGAUUAAUGAUUUCUUGUGUAUUUAUUCCAACAGUUUCCUGCUUUCGUAAAUCCAAUAAACAUCAAAACACUAGGAAA